AUAACGGUUACUCUGUAACAUAUUUACAUUGAUGUUUAACGUUGAAUAAUUAACAUGAUAUAUUCCAAAGGAAAUAAAGAAAAUUACGUGUACGUUUAUAAAAAUUAAAUCCUAAAAAAGGUUUCUUAUCUUUGAAACAAUGGCGAGUGAAAGUCUUCUGAUGCUUUCAGAACUAAAUAAUCUAACGGCAGACGACAACCAAUCCCUAUUCAACGACAGUGCCUCGACUGGUGGCAACAGCACAGUAAACACCGGUGUUCCUGUAUCGUGGGUUUAUUGGCUUCCGGGGCCUUUAAUUUGUUCGUUUGGGAUCAUCUGCAAUGUGUUCAAUUUAUGUGUACUUUCACAAAAAAGACUCAGCGACUCUCCCUACACAUAUCUAACAGCUCUUGCUAUAUCUGAUCUUAUACUUCUUACAGCUUCCUUUCUCCAGCUCGUGACGUCACAUUCAACUAGAACGUAUUUGAAAUCAUUUUAUGACGUUUACAUUUUCUUUUCGUUUGGAAAUAUUUUCUUUAAUGCAAGCGUUUGGCUUGUUGUCGCCUUAACUAUUGAAAGAGUCUGUUUUGUCACACAUCCUUUGACAUUUCACCCAUCUAAAAAGGUUGCAAAAAUUUGCUGCGUGUCAGUGUUUAUAUUUUGUGCGUUGAUCAACAUUCCAAGGUUCUUCUGCUACGGCCUUAUUGAGUAUAAAGGUCACUUUUAUCCAAAUGGUACACCUUUCAGAGAGUCCAAGCUGUUUUACCGGAUAAGCUGGGUACAUGCGCUGGUUAUUACAUUUAUUCCUAUUUUAAUUUUACUCGUUUCUAACUUCGUUCUUAUCUUUGCAAUGCGGAAAGCGGCAAAGGAACGUGCUGCAUUGCAUAGCAACAGAGACGCAGAGAUCCGGAAGGACCAAACAAGACUUACACGAACACUUAUCGCUGUCGUUGUCGUCUUUAUUGUGUGUACAUUCCUGUCUGCUUUUGUAGAGGAUCCGAUUUCAUAUUCAUUAUUCGGCGGAGAUAGAAGCUGGAAGGAUUACAUCAAGUCUCCAGCCAACCAACUCUUCAUUUACAUUUCUAAUUUACUCGUCUUCCUCAACUCGUCACUUAACUUCGUGUUGUAUUGUUCAUUCAACCGGAAGUUCCGCCAGGCCGCAGCAACUUUUGUCAGAAAGCUGCACCCAUACUGUAGGAACUUAGGAAAUGAGAUAGUAAGUAAAAUGCCAAGCAGAAAUACGAUUUCUUCGCGUAGCUAUUCAUUUCACCAAGGAGAAACAUCGCAAACAAAUUUAUAAAAUAGAGCGGAGCUACAAUUUAGAUGAAAAACGGGCACAGGGACAACCAAAGGCAAAUAUUAUAUCACGAGAAAUAUGAUUAUACGAUGUCAAAUUAUGUCUUAAAGUAUGAAAAACAACGAAAAAGUAUUUUCAUCUUUUGCACAUAUGUUACCAAAAUAUCGUUUUAUUACGGAUCAUGCUAUUGACAAAGAUUUAAGU